AAGCUGUAUGUGUGUAUGUAUACAGAAAGCCAAGUGAGUGGGAAAAAAAACAACGGUCUUCUCCGCCAUCUUCUUCAUGACUCUUUCAGUGGCAUUCCUCUGAACGUAUACCUCUUCCAUUCGAUUCACCUACAAAUCUUUUCAUCGUCAUCAUCAUCUGCGGAGGCUCGUAGAGUGGUGUGUGUGUGUGUAAUACGUCAUGCGUAUGCAAGACGUGGCGAAGGCGGAGCUCUGACCAUCUGCAGGUCAACCACGACUUACAGAAUGGCUGCGACUCUUGUCUUGCUGCUGGCAAUGUCCAUCCUGCUGCCCUCGGGGGCUGAGAAGGGUGCACAAGACCUUGUCUGGUUGGAAGUGGACUAUGGAACAUCGGACAAAGACCUCUCUAGCACUCUUCAAGACCUGAUGAAUAUUCGAAAAAUACUACUUGUAAAGGAGCUCGGAACCUCUAAACUCGCAAUGGUCCUGAGAGAACCAGACCUCGCCAAGCUAGCAUUGAAGGAUGUGCAUGAGGUCCUCCCUGUGGAACUUUUUGAAGAUACGACGGAGAAAGAAAGCCUUUCGUGGCCGUCUCAUCCAGACAUCAGCAACUCCAAUCUCACUCUGUAUAAAAUCUUUCCCGGCUUUAAAGGGCAAACCUUCCAGCAGUUCAGGGCAGAGCUCAAACAGGAUAUUAGGAAUUGUGGUCAUAUCCUGAAAAACAUCCCUCAUCGCAUUUACAGCUCCAAGGGCUACAUGCCACCCAGGUACUACGUUUUCAUCAACGGGCUGGAAGACAUUGCGAAGAUCUGCAAGGAUUUUGUAGACAUUGACGGACGGAAGGGAAUAUUUGAGAUUGAGGCUUCAUACAUCCAGAUUCUGCACCUUGCAAACUAAUGGCCGUUGACGAACAUCGACGCUCAUCUACAGCUGCUCAUUGUUCACAUCAGGAGAGGUUCAGUCUUCAACUGACGGAAUUUCGUGUACACUCUUCACUGCGCAAAAUAAACUUGCAAUACUAA